GAUGAUGGCAUUAUAGAUAAAAUCUUCAUAUUCAUUACAAACAGUAUUCUGCACAAAAGCUACCUUAAAAAGUGUGGAUGCAAAAGAAAGACCUGGGAAGUGAGGAUGUGCCACCAGUGUGGUUUCACAGCAAGAUAUCCAUAGCACAGAAGCCUUUUCCCUGAUGAUACCUGUGGCACUCUACAGGAUGUGCCAUGAAAGAGGGUGACACAAGAACAUCAGCCAAGAAAAAGACUUUGAUUCUUAUUUCAGUCAACCACACAGACCUACCUGAUGUGCUAAAAAUCAGGUGCUUCCCCAGGUGCAGUCUGAUGUGCUCUUUGCCUUUCCCAGAGGCCUCCUCUGACAUUCCAUCUCCAUCCAAUGAAGGGAGACAGGCUUGACCAGGGAGAAUUAAAUUAAACAGCAAUUAAAUGAACAGCACUGCAAUGCUGUGGGGAUGCAGGAGGGCAGGUUUUAGAGCAGAAAUGCAUUACUUCAUGCAAAUAAAUAUUUGCCAUGGCAUUCGUUAGGUGUGGCAGCUCCACAAUAACUCCCUGCUACAGCUGAAGAGUUGAACAGCUUGAAACAGUUCCUGUGUGGGCAAAGAAGGGUCAUUUGUGCAUCCAUGGAGCUCAGCCUGCAACACCUUGUGCACCCACCAGGGCACAGAUGAACAUCCUCCACUGCAAAGUGCUGGUUUGCAAAACAACAAUAUUUAAUUUAAAAAAGUCAUAACACCAUCUGCAAUGUAAUUACUUUACACAGAAAACGAGUUCAUUCUGGUCUUAACUAGGGGAAGGCACAAACAUCUACUAAUAGGAAGAAACAAAGUUUAAUUUGCUCACGGAUCAGUGAAGUCCAAAAAUGUGAAUUCUUUUUGGAUGGACUCUGCCCUUUCUUGGAAUUUAAGAUUCAGGAGCGAGGACCAGCAGAGCUUAGAAAGACAACUCUCACAAUCUGUAUCCACUCCUGGCUUCACUGACUGCUGCCCCUGUAAUAACCCCCCCAGAAACUGAAUACCUCAAUAAAUAAAAAGGGAUCUCACAAGAGGUGAGAUGAACCUUGAAGAGUAUUUUGCAAGAACUGGCUAUAAAGGCUCCACUGAAAAACAAGAUUUGGAAACCUUAACCGAUAUAUUCCAGCAUCACAUCCGCGCUGUUCCCUUCGAAAACCUCAGCAUCCACUGUGGGGAGAAAAUUACUUUGGAGUUGGAGCACGUUUACAACAAGAUUGUGCAGAGGAAGAGGGGUGGCUGGUGCAUGGAAAACAACCAGCUGCUGGGCUGGGUGCUGAAGGGCCUGGGCUAUGACACCAGCUUCCUGGGAGCCUACGUGUUCAACCCCCAGCAGAACGCCUACGCCACGCGCAUGACCCACCUCAUGGUAAAGGUCGUCAUCAAUGGCAAAGCCUACGUCGUUGAUGGAGGCUUUGGGGUGUCCUACCAGAUGUGGCAGCCCAUGGAGCUCGUGUCAGGGAAAGAGCAGCCCCAGGCUCCCGGCGUGUUCCGCUUCACGGAGAAAAACGGCGUCUGGUACCUGGAGAAAAUGAGACGGAAACAAUACAUCCCCAACCAGAGCUUCUCCAACUCCGACCUGCUGGAGAAAAAGGAGUGUCGCAAGGUUUACAUGUUCAGCCUCGAGCCACGGACAGUGGAAGAUUUCCGUUUCCAGUGCACAUACCUCCAGACCUCUCCAGAUUCCCUCUUCACAAGGAAGUCCAUCUGCACCCUCCAGACCACCGAUGGAUUCCGGGCGCUGAUUGGGUGGACACUCACUGAGACCACGUACAACUACAAGGAAAACAUGGAUCUGGUGGAAUUUGUAACUCUUGAAGAUGAAGAGGUGGAAAAAGCCCUCAAAGAGAAAUUUAAUAUCACCCUAGAGAGAAAACUUGUCCCCAUUAAUGUUAAAGCAUCUUACACAAUCUAGGUGGCCAGGAAAACCUAUAGUAAUGCUAUGUGGGUACAGCAGCUUCCACUGUCUGUGCAAUCCCUACUGCAAGGUUAUGGGAUUCUUUUUCAGCAGGUGACUGAAGGAUACAUACAUUAGUAUGAGAUUAAUGUGAAUUUCACUUUGGGAAAAAUCACGAAUUUAAGACUUGAGUCAGUUAGGUAAAAUUAUUUGCUGGGAGAUGACUGCCGUUCAAUUUUUGGCACAAAUGUAGGAUUUGAUUUGAAUCUGGUUAUAAGCUUGGGUAAGAAAUAUGUCUGGGGAAUUUUGGACUGCCUGUAGCACAAGAGUAUGGAUUAUUAAUUGUGAUAUGCUGCCAACACAUUUUCUAAGGUUAUUAUAGGGAGACAAGUAAUCUGUGAGCAUUUAGACAAGAAAGCACACAUUUAAAACUUCAUUUUUCACAAGAUCCAACCACUCACAGCUCAUCUCAUUCUUCUACCUUUAAUAUGAGUAAAACAUUGUCGUCUUGGAAAGGAGCAUUAGGAGGCAUAAUUCUUUCACCAUCAUCCUUAGACAAACCAUAGUACAAAAUGAAAAUCAUCAUCAUGUGCAUCCCUCUGGCCAUUACUGCAGAAAACUGCCCCAAGUAAUUUUUGGUAUGUAGCUAUUCUUCUGGUGAUGAAAAUUCUGUAUAUCGCAGUGUUAUUGUGGCUGAUGGGCUCUAAGGAGAUAACUACUAAGCUUUGUUUCUGAGAUAUAAUCAUCCUGCAAACUGUGACUGGUACUUAAAUGUCACAGCUGGCUUGGAUUUACUUUUGUCCCAAAAGGGGUGGAAAUUCUGUACUUUUAGGACUGCAGUAUAUUUGUAUAUGAAGCUAAGCCCACUAUACCCUUCCUUUUGUCCUGCAAACAUGAGUGUCCAUAUGGCUGUCCUGAAUGGGUACCACUUAGCACAGGAGCUUUAAUGUCAUUAGUGUUUUUUCAUCUGUAUCAAAGUGAAAAAACAACCCAAGAAGCCAGUUAAAUCUAAAGGAAAGCUUUUCUGUUUUCACAAUCAUGUUUUUUUCCAGAAAAUGUUCUUCCUCCUAGCAUGCUUCUCUGCAAAAAGCCCAACGAAGGAAACCACUAAGAAAGGGGAAACAUUCUUAAAUGCAUCAAAAAAAUAGCAAAAACACUGAAAACCAGCCUUUCUCCCCAGUCUGUAAUAAGCCUGAGUAUCAGUCAAAUGUUGAUUCUUCCCACUGAACAGUCUUUUUGCUCCAAGACAUAAUCUAAUCAUUAAUCUCACAAAUGCUGUAAGUGUAUACCUGAAAAUCAAUAAAAGGAAAAUAAAGACA